UUUCAAAGGCAACCGACAGCCACUCCACAGCUGCCCUCACCCCUGCUCCGUGAGAGACGUCGAAACGCCUCUUCUGAACACACUGGCAAACACCCCCUCCCACCCAGAGGCGACGUGCACGUGACAGUCCUCGGGCCCUUGCAACUACGUGGAAACUUGGAAUAGGUCUGCGGCUGCACACAGCUGGCCGCCGGGGUCCCCGCGCCCCCGCCCUGCUCAUCACCGCUCCGGCGCCGCGCCGCCGGGAGCAGGGGCCCCGAGCGGCCGCUGCACCGCGCCGCCCCUGCCCAGCUCCGCGGCUUUCGGGCUUCCUUCCGCACCACCCGCCGCGCCCUGCCCUCCAGGGAGCGGCUCCCGAGGCGGCUGCAGCUGCGCCCCGGUGCGGGCCCUCAGGCCCCAGCCAUGUGGGACCCACGGGCAAUUAGGAUGGACCCUAUAGCUUAUGCUGAGCUGUUGAAAGAAUCUGGCAACCAAGUCUUUAGGAACGGCAACUUCUCUUUGGCCAUCAGGAAGUACGAUGAAGCCAUUCAGGUUCUCCUGCAUUUAUUCCAGUGGGGGAUUCCCCCCAGGGAGUUGGCCGUGCUGCUGUGCAACAAAUCCAAUGCAUUUUACAACCUCAGGAAGUGGAAGGAGGCAUUUGAGGCGGCCAAGGAAUGCCUGGAAUGGGACCCGUCCUACGUGAAGGGAUACUACCGAGCCGGUUACUCCCUGUUGCGGCUGCUCAACCACUAUGAAGCUGCUCGCAUGUUUUUCGAGGGCCUCGAGCUGCUGCAGGGGAGCUGCGACCAGAGCCAGUUUGCCGAUUUCCUCGUUGGAGUCUUCACCACCGUGGGCAGUGACCUCAUUGUUUUGAAAAGUUUCAUGCCCCACUUUGAUCAGAUUUUCUCCACUGGAUUCACCAAGGAAGUGUGGCAGUCUGUAAUAGAAAAGCUGGCGAAGAAAGGGUUGUGGCAUUCAUUUUUCCUUCUGUCGGCGAAGCAAGAUCGGCUACCGAGAAAUAUCCACGUCCCAGACCUGUCCCUGAAAAGCCUCUUUGAGAAAUACGUCAUGGGAUUUUAUGAGAAGAUGGAACAGGUGCCCAAGUUGGUCCAGUGGCUCAUCUCCAUCGGUGCCAGCGUGGAGACCAUAGGGCCGUACCCGCUGCACUCCCUCAUGCAGCUCUGUAUCCAAGCAAGGGAGAACCAGCUUUUCCGGUGGCUAAUGGAGAACCAGCCCGAGUGGAAGGGCCGCAUCAACCAGAAGGACCAGGACGGCUGCACCGUCCUGCACGUGGUCGCUGCCUGCUCCCCAGGAAACCCCAUCAAGCGACAAACAGAAGACGUGCAGAUGCUGCUGCACUUCGGGGCCGACCCCACCCUGCUGGACCGCUACUCCCAGACCCCCAUGGAUGUGCUGAAGAGGAACAAGAACUUCAAAGCCAUUGAGAAAAUCAAUAGUCACUUGGAAAAACUGGCUGCGUGUUCCAAGGACCUAUCAGGACUGAGCCACGGCAAUGGACCUGCCAGCGAGAGCGAUGCUUUCCGCAAGGCCUGUGCGCAGCUGGCGAAGCACAUGAACUCAGGAAACCGGUUGCUGCACAAGAACUUCCUGAAGCAAGAUGUAGUUCAGCGGUUCUUGCGCCUCCUGUCUUCUCUGCAAGAAAUUCCUCCCGACCUGGUCUGUGACAUUCAUUCCGACGGUGCCAGUGCCUUCAUCAAGUUUUUACUGGAAAAACAGAAAUGGCCCGAAGUGCUUCUGCUGCUGACCCGCAAAGUAAGCGGCGAGCCCCCGCUGGGAGACGGCCUCAUCAAAGACUGCAGCUUCUCCGACCUGGACCUCUGCACCGUCAUCCCCCAGCUCAGCGCCUGGGACCAGCGCAGGACGCAGCUCCUGGGCCGCCUGAUAGACCUUGGAGCCUUGCCGCAGGGUCUCCAGGACAUCCAGGAGAGGCCACUCGUCAUGUGCCUGAAGCGCAAGGACUUCGAAUUGGCUUUUCUCCUCCUGACCAAGGGCGCGGACCCACGAGACAUUUCUCUCACGGAAGGCGACACUCCUCUGCACGCGGCACUCCACGUCUUUUUAGAUGUCAACGCUGACGUCGGCUUUAACCUCCUGAACCACCUGUUGGAUCUCUUCUGGGCCAACCCCACCGAGUUCGACUACCUCAACCCCAACACCCAGGAUGGCAACGGGAACACGCUGAUGCACAUCCUCUUCCAGCGGGGCAGGCUGAAGGGCAUGAAGAAGCUGCUGGACCUGCUGGCCAAGUUCGACAUCCACCUCCACCUGAAGAACAAGGAGGGCAAAGAUGUGCGGCACCGGAUCAAGAAGAACGACGCCCUGCUCCUGGCCUGGAACAAAGCUCUGUCGGAGAGUCGGCGGAGGGCCCGGCAGGACCCGGCCGCCCACCCGGGGAAGCUCCCGAGGCCUGCUGCCACCCCCGGUCACGCGUCUCAGCUCAAGCCCCAGGCUGCGUCCAAGUUGCUGCCCUGCGGUGGCACUGACGGGCGCCUGCCUGAGGGGGCCGUGGUCCCCGAGAGCUGGGAGGCUCUCUCCGAGGCCCGGACGCCGAGGCAGGAGCCUGGAGCAGGUCAGCCCUGCUCUCUCAGGGACCACCUUGUACAGCAGAUCCGGGCUCUGAUUGAGCGGGUUGAACUGGACUCGCCCCUCCCAGAGGACUGCCCUGGGGACCCCAAGCCUCUGGAGACGGGAGCUGGCACGGAAGUGAAGGAGGACAAACUCCAGCGGGUCCUGGGGGUGGGGAGCUCUGACCGUAGCAGGAAUAACCUUGUUGUCCUUGAGGCAAGGGGCGAAGAGGCUCAGGCGGGCCCUGGGCCCUCGCAGCCCACCCCUGCUGGUGGCAGAUGCAGGGAGGACAGCAGUGACCGGGACAACCAGCAGGAGGUGGAGGCCUGCCUCCAGGACUUCGAGAACAUGACGUGGGAGAUCGAAUGUACUUCGGAAGUGCUGAAGAAGCUGUCCAGUAAGGUGAUGACCAAGGUCAUGAAGAAGAAAAUCAUCCAGGACAUCCAGCAGCUGGGCAACGGCGAGUGGACCAAGAGCCUGCAGAAGCGGCUGACGAACCUGAAAGGAAAUAUCCAGCUCUUCGAGGCCAAGCUGGACAAAGGGGCCCGGAUGCUGUGGGAGCUCGCCAUCGACUUCUCCCCCCGCUGCAGCGAGAACCCGGAGAAGAUCAUCACCACGGAGCGGAGCUCACAGUCCGUGGAGAAGUCGGGGCAGGUCUACACGGAGAUCAUCCGGAUCUGGGACAUCGUCCUGGAUCACGGCAAGCUGUCGGACACCAUCAGGGCCAUCUGCAGCGCCUACAACCGGGGUUUGUCCUGCAUCCUGCGGAAGAAGCUGAGGGGCAUCAACAAAGACCAGGUGUCGGCCAACAUGAGAGUCCGAAAGCGGAUCCCCCGCUGCUACGUGGAGGACACGGAGGCGGAGAAGGGCCGGGAGCGCGUGAAGCCCGAGUACUUCCCCCCGGCCAGUGCGGUGCAGACAGAGUACAGCAUCAUGAAGUUCCACAGCUUCAGCACGAACAUGGCCUUCAACAUCCUCAAUGACAUGAUGGCCACGGUGGAGUACCCCUUCCGGGUGGGCGAGCGCGAGUACGCUGUGAUCCACCUCAACCCCAGCCCGCUGGAGCCCAUCAUCCUGAUCGGGCGGAGUGGCACCGGGAAGACGACCUGCUGCCUGUACAGGCUGUGGAAGAAAUUCCACAUUUACUGGGAAAGGGCCGAGCAGGCGGGAAGCCCGCUGCUGGACAAACAGAUCUGGCUGAAGAGAAGGUUGGAGAUGGAGCCAAGAAAGGAGAAUGCAGGCAGGGAGGAGGAGGAAGAGAAGGAGGAGGAGGAGGAGGAAGGCACCAUCGAAGCGGAGACAGUAGACAGCGUAGAUGAGGAGCAGGGGAGUGAAGCCUGCGCAGGCGCAGCCAGCGGGGAGCCCGGGGGGCCCGGCCCGGGAGCGGGAGCCUGUGCCCCAGACGGUCCCCAGCAGCUGGAGCACUUGCACCAGAUCUUCGUGACCAAGAACCACGUCCUGUGCCAGGAGGUGCAGCGGAAUUUCAUCGAGCUCUCCAAGUCCGCCAAGGCCACCAGCCACUACAGACCGCCGGAGCCCAGUGCGCACAGGCUGCAGGACCUGAGGGACGAGAACUUCCCUCUGUUUGUCACGUCCAAGCAGCUGCUCCUCCUGCUGGAUGCCUCUCUGCCCAGGCCGUUCUUUCUGAGAAACGAAGACGGCAGCCUGAGAAGAGCCAUCGUUGGGUGGUCCACGCAGGAGGAGUCCACCAUCCCCAACUGGCAGGAGGACGAGGACGAGGCCGAGGCGGAUGGGGACAACGGCGAGGAGGACAGGGCGGUGGAAACGCGUCCGGGCGACGUCGACCCGCGGGUGUACGUGACCUUCGAGGUGUUCGCCAACGAGAUAUGGCCCCGAAUGAGCAAGGGGAAGACCUCCUACAACCCUGCGCUGGUUUGGAAAGAAAUAAAAUCUUUUUUGAAGGGAUCGUUCGAGGCCCUCAGCAGCCCCCAGGGGAGACUCACGGAAGACGAGUACAAGAAGCUGGGGAGGAAGCGGUGCCCCAACUUCAAGGAAGACCGGAGCGAGAUCUACAGCCUCUUCUGCCUGUACGAGCAGAUCAGGUCUCAGAAGGGCUAUUUCGACGAAGAGGACGUGCUGUUCAACCUGUCCCGGAGGCUGUCGAAGCUGCAGGUGCUGCCGUGGUCCAUCCACGAGCUCUACGGCGAUGAAAUUCAGGACUUCACCCAGGCGGAGCUGGCGCUGCUGAUGAAGUGCAUCAACGACCCCAACGCCAUGUUCCUCACGGGGGACACGGCCCAGAGCAUCAUGAAGGGCGUGGCCUUCCGCUUCAGCGACCUGCGCUCCCUGUUCCACUAUGCCAGCAAGAGCGCCUUGGACAAGCAGUGUGCCAUCCGCAAGCCCAAGAAGAUCCACCAGCUGUACCAGAACUACAGGUCCCAUUCGGGAAUCCUCAACCUAGCAUCGGGAGUGGUGGAUUUGCUUCAGUUCUAUUUCCCCGAAUCGUUCGAUCGUCUCCCAAGGGACUCUGGCCUCUUCGAUGGCCCCAAGCCAACUGUCCUGGAGUCUUGCAGUGUCAGCGACUUGGCCAUUCUGCUGCGAGGGAACAAGAGGAAAACCCAGCCCAUUGAGUUUGGGGCCCACCAGGUGAUCCUUGUAGCCAAUGAAAUGGCAAAGGAGAAGAUUCCAGAAGAGCUGGGCUUAGCCCUUGUGCUAACAGUUUAUGAAGCAAAAGGCUUAGAAUUCGAUGAUGUCCUCCUUUACAACUUUUUUACUGACUCCGAGGCUUACAAGGAAUGGAAGAUCAUUUCCUCCUUCACGCCUCCAUCGUCCUGCCCCAGAGAGGAGAACCGGCCCCUGAUCGAAGUGCCCUUGGAGAAACCCAGCCCCUCUCCGGGCCGGUCUCACCUGGCGAAUCCAGAAAUGCACAAGCUCCUCAACGGGGAGCUGAAGCAGCUGUACACCGCCAUCACCCGGGCCCGCGCCAACCUCUGGAUCUUCGAUGAAAACCCGGAGAAGCGGGCCCCUGCUUUCAAGUACUUCAUCAGAAGAAACUUUGUCCAGGUGGUGAAGACAGAUGAAAAUAAAGACUUUGACGACAGCAUGUUCGUGAAGACCUCCACCCCCGAGGAGUGGAUCGCGCAGGGGGAGUACUACGCCAAACACCAGUGCUGGAAGGUUGCAGCCAAGUGUUACCAGAAAGGAGGUGCCUUGGAGAAGGAGAAACUGGCGCUGGCCCACAACACCGUCCUCAACAUGAAGUCCAAGAAAGUCAGCCCCAAGGAAAAGCAGAUGGAGUACUUGGAACUGGCUAAGACCUACUUGGAAUGCAAGGAGCCAAAGCUGUCCCUGAAGUGUCUGAGCUACGCCAAGGAGUUCCAGCUCUCUGCCCAGCUGUGCGAGAGGCUGGGGAAGGUGAGAGAAGCCGCCUGUUUCUACAAGCGAAGCCAGUGCUACCAGGACGCUUUCAGGUGCUUCGAGCAGGUCCAGGAAUUUGACCUAGCGCUCAAAAUGUACUGCCAGGAGGAGCUCUAUGAAGAAGCUGCCAUCGCUGUGGAAAAGUACGAAGAAAUGCUAAGGGCCAAGGCCCUUCCCGUCGCCAAGCUCUCCUAUUCAGCCAGCCAGUUCUACUUGGAGGCCGCAGCGAAGUACCUGAGCGCAAAUAAGAUCAAGGAGAUGAUGGCUGUCCUCUCGAAGAUAGACAUAGAUGACCAGCUGGUGUUCCUGAAGUCUCGGAAGCGGCUGGCCGAAGCCGCCGACCUGCUGAACAGGGAAGGGCGGAGGGAGGAGGCUGCCCUGCUGAUGAAGCAGCACGGCUGCCUCCUGGAGGCUGCCCAGCUCACUGCUGACAAGAACUUCCAGGCCUCGUGUCUGCUGGAGGCUGCCCGCCUCAAUGUGGCCAGGGGUCUGGAUGUGGAGCACACCAGGGCCAUUCUGGAAGAAGCCCUGGAACUCUGCAAUCAGACCAGCCAGCUGUCUGGCAUCGCUGAGGCCCAGUUCCUGCUGGGGGUGAUCCUGAAAGACUUUCAGAAGCUCAGGGAUGCCUUCUUCAGGUUUGACACUCUCAACCACUCGGCUGGCGUGGUGGAAGCCCUCUACGAAGCCACCAACCACUGUGAGGCUGACCCUCAGAAGGUUCUGGCCCUGGCUUCGGGGGGCUUGGUGGUCCUCCUCAAUUUGGUCAAGGCCCUUGAAAGAGUAACCAACAAUGCCGAGAAGGAUAUGGUCAAAUCUUGCUUCGAGUUCUUUGGGAUUUCGCAAGUGGACGCCAAGUAUUGCCAGAUAGCUGAGAACGACCCUGGACCCAUAUUAAAAAUAAUUAUUGACCUGGAUUCGAACUUGAGAGAGAAGAAGACAAAAGACCAUUUCAUGAUAACGACCAACCAAGUGAAACUGGCCCUGAACAAACACCUCUUGAGCAGGCUGUGCCAGAUCACGCAGAGCCUGCUUGGGAAGACCUACCCGGGCGUCUGCAGGAGGUUUAUCGUUGGCUUAACGUGUAAGGAUGAGAAGUGUGGAGAUUACCACAGACCCCUGCGGCGCUGUGAGGCCAAGUGUUUGGUUCAGUCAAAAAUGUACCGGGUCGCAAUCAAUGGGCUGCUUUUGGAAGCCAAAAAAAUCUUCCCUAAAUUCCUAGCUGAAGAACUUAAAGGGAUCGACAAUAUCCUGUCUGCAGAUGUGUAUAGCCAUUGCAAAUCCUUCCUGAGCGCCCUCUUCCCUAAGCAUUUCCACCAGCGCGUGUUGUCGGAAAACCCCGCGGCGUGCAAAGAAAUCUUCAGGCCCAUUUACAAGUCCUUCCGACCCUACAGGUUUGCUCUGAAGGAGUACAUCUGUUUCCUGUUUCAAAGCGAAAGGGCGCGGAACCGCCGCGAGUCGACAGACCUGUGGCUGAGCGCCAUGCAGGCUUUCCUGCUCUCUUCCAACUACCCGGAGGAGUUUGAGAAGCUGCUGCACCAGGAGGAAGACAACUACCAUAAGGAACUCAAGGCUCUCGAGUCGGAAAAAGAGGAAAGGAGCAGGGGGAGGGGCGGCCGGGGGAAGGGAGCGGAAGGGAAGUUCGGCAUGCUGGCGCCCAACAAGGAUGACGAGAGCGCCGAGAAGACCCACGUGUGCUUCAUCCGGCUGCUGGAGAAUUGCAUCAACCAGUUCUACGUGCACAGGAACCCGGAGAACUUCAAGCGGUUCUUCUUCCGCUUCAUGAACGUCCUGGUCAAGAGGUGUAAAGAGCCGCUCAUCCCCAGCAUCGGAAACACGGUGGCCCUGCUGGAGUUCCAGUUCGUGCACUGCGGGGCCGUGCUGGCCCGCCUCCGGAAGAGCGCUGUGCUGUGCCUCCCCAAGAGCUACCUCGCGCUCUUGCACUACUGGGAGUUUCUGUUCAGCAGGAAGGACAAGGAGCCCCGAGGCGUGUUCUCCAUCAUUCAGGAGUACAAGCCGAAGGAUGUGACGAGGGCCGUCCAGGACUUCCGGUUCCACCUCUCCUACCUCGUCAAGGUGCUGUGCGGCUCCGAGAACGUGCACUUCAAUGUCCUGCUCGACGCCUUUGAGGACAUAGACUGCGUGGUCUCGGGCGAGGCCGAGCGGACCCUGGUGCUGUGCUUGGUGAUGCUGGUGAAUGCCGAGGAGGUCCUGCUGUCGUUCUGCAAACCGCUGCUGUACAGCCACUUCCAGGGCAUCGAGAAGAGGCUGCAGGUGAUGAGCGAGGAGUUCCCGGACCAGGUUCCGGAGAGGCUCUGGAAGGUGGUGAGGCGGGUGUUGGUGGCGGCCGAUGUGAAGUCUGUGGCCGAGGCGCUGCAGGACCUGCUCUUAGAGCGGGACGAGGAGUUCCUGAUGGACUGCCACUGGUGGUGGGACAGCGGCCACGCCAAAGGGGUCCACGGCCUCUAUCACGAGGAGGUCAAACUCAACCGCCUGCUCUGUGUGGCCCCCGUGGACUACUUUUCCGACCCAGAGUGUGAGUUCGGUCAGGACGAGGCGGAGGAGCUGGCCUCAGAUGACCGGGACCCCCUCCUCGCCACCAUCCUGUCCCAGAAGCAGCGGAAGGCUUCCAUCCAGCGCAAGCUGAGGCGAGCGUGCCUGGUGGUGUCCCUGUGCAUCAGCUGGAGGAGAAGGGUGGGUGCGCAGGCGGGGUGCCCCCUGGAGGAGCCCGGGGAGCCCGGGACCGGGAUCUUCAAAAAGGCCGACGUCGACAGGACCCAGUGCGACCUGUGCGGAGUGAAGUUCACGCAAGGCCCUGAGAACUACUUCAGCCCCAGUGAGGCCUUUGAGGGGGAGACUUCAGAGGCUGCGGCCCUUUCCGGGGCUGAGCCAGACGACGAGGAGGAUCAGGAGAAGAACGGCGAGUCUUACGAGCACCACCUCCUCCUGGAAGGGCACCAGCGGCAGCAGGCGGCCUACCAGAAGUACUCUGACUUUUUCCAGGAGAGGGUGGACCCGGCCAUUGCUGAAGGCAGGCUGGUGGUGCAGGACAUCGAGCAGAGCGUCUGGAUCCGCAGCCACCGGGGCCCCAAAGAGCAGAGCCACAUGCUGCAGCGGAAGGUGCAGGAGAACAUCAGGAAGGUCUCGGACGCGGUGGAGGACCUCUACAGGCAGAAGGCCUGGGCUGGCGCGGAGGAGGUGAUGACCCGGCUCAUCGGUGUUCUGAUCCCCUUAGUGGAGGAGGCGAGGGAGUGGCUGAAGAAAACAGAAUUCCACUUAAAGGAGGACGGUAUCGGCCAGGAAGAUGACUAUGAAAAUGAAGUGGAGGACUUUUUUGAGCUCCGUCCCAGAAACCGGCCGCGGAAAGGUGGAAAGCAAAGAAAAUACUAAGGUCCACACAGCUGCCGCCGCCACCUAAACCUUCAGAGCAUUCCGUCCUGACUCUGAAUUCCGAGUGCUGGGGCAGAAGAGAAAAGAACGCCAAGGAGCA